AAAAACCGGACUUCCAAUCGAAUAAGCAAUAGGAAAUAGGCAUAUUUCAUAUUUAAAAAAUGAUGCUUAUGAUAAAGUGCUGAUGGUUUCGUGUUUGAAUGACAUGCCUUAUAUGUCGUGGGCGUGUCCAAAUUUUUGACAGGUGACUAAAAAUGCCUCAGCUCUUGUAGACUAAUCCAGUAUUGUUGACAUUUUGAAGCGACAUCAACAAAAAAUGCAAUCGAGAUUUCCACUGGAUCUAAAUAAAACAAUAUAAUCCUAACAAAAUGUGAAAAAUUAUUCAAUAAAAUUUUACGUUAACACACAAUUCCGGGAGUAUCCAUUGAGUCCAACAGUAAGGAUAAAUGAGUUAUAGGACUCAUUUGCUGUCACCAAUCCAAGGAGGCCCACUUUAUGGUUUAGGUACAAUGCCAGGAAAAACAGGAGGAACAAGUGUCUACUCCACAAGUUUUAGAAGUAGGGCAAGUUCAGGAAAUAGAUAUCCUGAAAUACACUCAACAGCUUCAAGCCGUCCAACAUCAAGACCUCUUCCAAGUGGUCCUGGACCUCUCGAUACUGAUGGCAAGAGGUUCAUACCGGAUAGAAAGUAUAGUUCUUCUUUAAGAAAUGUCCCAGUAAAGGCAGAUCAUGGCCAUAUUACUAAAGCAGACUACACACCUAUUACAGGAACUCUACCUAGGAAGUUUCUUUCAUCCUUACAUUCUGGGUCAAGCUCCAGCACUAGUAAUGAAAAUUACAACAGGAGUGUUCGUUCAAGGAGUUUAGCAACACAGGAACGGUUAAGUAAUACAGACAAACUUUCGAAUGACAUUUCAAAUAUAAAGUUAAAUAGUUAUGAUAGUAGUAGCAGUAACGGUAUUAAAACAUCCUCAAGAGCAAAAGGCUCUGAUGAUAUUCUGAAUCCAAGAGAUCAAGAGAUACUGAAUACAAGAGAUCGUGAGAUACUGAAUACAAGAGAUCGUGAGUCAAGGAGAGAUGCUCAUGAAGUGUCAGAAAGACAUAGUCGACUUUCCAAUGGCUCCACAUCAAAUAUUGAGGAUAGUGUUAGUUCACGAAACAAAGACAAUAUUAGUCGUGCUACAAGUUUAAACAGAGAUUCUUUAAUUCGUAGAGAUAGUGCAUCAAAUAUAAAUCAUAAGCCUGUUUCAAGGCAAAGUUCCAGUAGCUCCUUGUCAUCUAGCUCUACAUCUAGAUAUGCACAUGGAGGGAAAGUUGGAUUACGAAAUAUUGGAAAUACAUGUUUCAUGAACUCGGUGAUUCAGUGCCUUAGUAACACACGACCUCUCCUGGAGUACUGUUUGAAUGAUGACUACACCCACGACAAGAACACAACCUCCAGCAAACUGAAGGGAGCAUUGGUCUUAGCCUAUGUGAACUUGAUGACUUCAUGCUGGAAGGAAAAGAAUGCCUCUUAUGUAUCACCAAACAACUUUAAGACUCAGAUCCAAAAAUUUGCUCCCAGAUUUUCAGGUUAUCAACAGCAGGACUCCCAGGAGUUUCUGCGCUAUCUUCUGGAAGGACUCCAUGAGGACGUGAACAGGGUCACACAGCGACCUAAACCCCUGCAGAUUGAUGACAACAAACAUUACAAUGAUACAGAAAAGGCUGUAGAAUAUUGGAACAACUACAUGAGAUAUGAUAACAGUCGGAUAGUUGAGAUAUUUGUGGGUCAAUUGAAGAGUGAACUGAGAUUUGAUGAGUGUGGUCACCGCUCCACAACCUUUGACCCCUUCUGGGACCUUUCUUUGCCGGUGGCCAAGGUACCGUCCGAAAGUGACCUCACAGAUUGCCUGGGCUUGUUUAUGAAGGCAGAGAAACUAGAAGGAAAUGAAAGCCCUACAUGUGCCAAAUGCAAGAAGAGGAGUUCUUGUACGAAGCGGUUCUCCAUUCAGAGGUUCCCACAGAUAUUAGUGCUGCAUUUGAAAAGGUUCAGUCAGGAGCGGUACAGCAGGAAAAUAACCACGCUGGUCAACUUUCCUAUUAAGAAUCUCGACCUCACAGAGUUUGCUGCAGAGAAAGGCCAGCAGCCAGUGUACAAUCUGUAUGCUGUCAGUGAGCACUCUGGGACUACCUACGGUGGACAUUAUACUGCGAAAUGCAAACAUCCCUACUCAGGAGAGUGGAAUAGCUUUAAUGAUACUCAUGUGAGCUCCUGUGGAGCCAAUCAGGCUAUUUCCUCCGAGGCAUACGUAUUGUUCUACGAGUUGGUUAGCAGUGCAUCCUCCCGGCUGUAGAUCCCAUGAGGACGAGUCUAGCUAGUCACUUUGCCAUGUGUCACCUCUGUGAUUACUUUGCACAGCUGUUUUAGUGGUACUUUCUUAAGGAGAUUUUGAUCCAAUUCUGAACUGAUUCCCCAGUUGAUAUAUCAAAAUUGAUAUACACAAAAUUGUGUUGGUGAUACAUGUUCUUUUGUGAACACCAGUAAUUGAUGUACAUGUAUACAUAAUUGGACAAUAAAAAUGCAAAAUUUUA